AUGACCCCAAGUGAGCAAAGUACGGAUGAGGGAGCCGAUUUCCUGCGUCGUCUGUCGAUCGCAGACGCCAAAGUAUUGCUAGAGAGGACAAAGAAAGAGAAGGAAAAGAAGACCAAGGAAAUGCAAAAGAUGAUCAGUAUGAGGUAUCGUGAUCUUAUUGAAUCAGCAGACAAGAUUGUCAAUAUGCAUUCGGCUGCUUUACGUCUUGAGGUUUCACUGAAAGAGAUGCCUGAAAUGUGGAAACAAAUGGAAAAAGAGCUAGUAAAUGCUUUGACUGUACGGAACAAGAUGGAAAGUACAAUGAAGAACACUGCAGAUAUUGAGAUAGACAAGGUAACUCGGUCGGAUAAUUUGGCUGAGAAAGUGACGUUCUUAGUGGAAGUACCGGAAAAAAUGUGGCAAUUAUUGGACGAAGGAAAAUCCUUACAGGCACUAGGAUUGUACCAAGAAGCUACAAGGAUGUAUAAUGAAUGUAUGACAAGAAUUGAUGCAGAACAUGACUUUCCCUUCUUGCAGACGCAGUGGACGUGCAUUCAGUGCUUUCGACCGAGAAUAUUGACAUGCGCAAAUCAUUACCUGACAUGUCGAGGGAAAGGAAGUCAGUUUUACGCAGACAACUUGUGUACGUUGGCGGUGCUGCAUGACCCGCCAAUUGAAGCCGAUAAAUUGUUUGAAUUAUUUUUGGAGAGUCGUUCCAAGUGGAUGUCGCAUGUUUUCGAAAGCGAUAAUGGUGAAAACUUUGUACAGACACCUUCAAAGAAAGAUCGUGUAUUGAUGCUAAUUUUGAAAACCGUAAGUAUGACGAUAGCACAAACGGAGAAAAUCUUUGGCGAUGGGAGUAGCACAGCCCUGUUAGUCUCGAUUUCUCAGCUUCCACCAAGUAUUAAGAACGGAGUGGAAGCAUGUAUAUCGUUAGGGAAACUACUUAGAAUGAUAAGCGAGUGGUUUGAGGAGAAACGGCGACAGAUUGUCAUGGUAGCCUCGCCUAUUAUUUUGAGUAUUGACUCAAUUUCGCUUCUGUCACAAGUUCAAUCUAAAUUGUUUGCUGUAAACAAAGCUAGUGGCGGUUGCCAAAACGUAAAACUUUGGCAGCAGAUCCUUACCGAAGCACACCUAUCCCGAUCUGAAAGCCAUGAGAACGGAUCAGCAGCUGCUGUUCAAUCUGUCUUUUCCGUUCUCUACGCCGAGGCGUUCCGAAAACGUACGCGUGAAUUAGUACAGAGCUCGUUCGUCGAAGCUCUGGAAGCGAUCAAAACUCGGCUUCGCAUCAGCUUGAAAGAUACAGUUGCUGGUAUAUCUCGAAGCGAUUAUCGAUUGCAGAAUGUGAUAUUCUACGACUAUUUCGAGAUGAUACAGAAAAAGGCUGCCGAUCUGGAUGCAAGUGAUCUGCAGAGUGUUCUGACGGAAGAAUUUCUUCGCACGCUAUUCAAACUGGUAGUGUUUAUCGAGCAGGAAUAUCCACUUGCAGGACGCCAACGUCCUGGAAAAGGUGAAGUUCAAAUUCCAAGCGUCUUUUUUAGCAUUUCCAACAUUUUUGCGGGGAUUGUAGCUGGGUUUUCUCGUGAAAUGGCCAAACUAUUUCCAGAAGAUUCAAGCACGGUCUCGAUUCCGGAGAAAGAUCAUGUACUGCUGGCAAUUGGCUCGGCAUUUGAUAAAUAUGCUGAAGAUGGUUUUGUGCGCAAAGCGCAGCUAAAUUCUGCUAUCGAGGAAAUCACCGAGGGUAAGAAAUGCGUGCAAUUAUGUUUUAUUGACGAGGAAGUAAGACGAGUGGAUAGUUUGGGGCCCCACUCUCUUUAUUUGGUGUCAGAGAUUAAGCACAAAGCAUCAUAUUCUCAAAUGUUCGUCAACGUGCUACACGGGCUCUCUAGGAGGUAUUGUGAGGCGUGGGCUUCAAUUCUUUUGGAACAGAAAAUCGAGCCAUUGCGAGAGUUGAUGCAGAUUGAGCAGUAUGAUUUGACCAACGAGGAAUGGAUUGCGACCCACGAGGGAUGGAUAGAACAAGUGAUUUCUGACGAAGGUCUUGGAGGAGAUACCGAUGAUUCUUCCUCCGAGUCUGACAUAGGUCCUAGUGACGAAAAAGUCUGGCUGCCGUGGUGUGAAACGCCGACAGUAUCAAGCUUCCUUUUUUCAUGUUGCUAUAGCUUGGAUGAUGCGAACCGGUUGAUUCAGAGCUGUGUUGGCGCAAAGCACGAGCAGAUUAAGCUGAUGCAGCGCAUAUUUCGUGAAGUUCUGGUGGAGCAACUGACAAUUACCAGCGUAGCAGUAUAUGAUGCUGCGGUUUCUCUUCUCCUCAAAGCGAAGACAGCUCAGAAAGAUUCGGUGCUGAACUUUGGUGAAUGUUGCAUUCAGCAGUUUCUGUUCGACAUGUAUUUCGUACGUGCGACGCUGGGCUUUUCGGAUUUCAUUCGUUUUGGAUGGGGUGAUGAGCUAAACCCGGAAGAGUGCUCUCCUGGGUUACUGAAGCUGAAGAACCUAUUCGAACGUAUGCGAGAUUUCAUUGAUCCAGUGGAUUGGGAGAUCUAUGGUCCUCAACUGAUUGAGAACGUCGUGUUACAAUUUCGAAAGAGUCGAUUGCUCUUUUCAUCGUUGUCGGAGUCGAACGAUAUCAACAAAAUCAGUGGAAAAGAAAUCGUUAUCAGUGCUCAAGACACUAGACCGCUAGCUAGGAUUGCAGAGCCUGUUGCUAGGUUUUCAUUGCUCCCUGUCCCUUCGAAUCGUCGUAGAUUCCAGCAUUCUAUGUCGCGUUCAAGUGUGGACGACACCACAGAAUGUCGAGCAAACAGCACUACUUCCCUCUUCCACGAACAAGAAGGUAGGAACGCUGCGUCAGGUGCGCUUUCCUCGUCUAUGAAGCUUCAAAAUCUACUUUCAUCGUCGACAGGCUCAAAUAUCUUGUCUGCAGCGACAUCAGGAACUAACCUGCUUACGUCCGCAGCAAAAGGCAUCGGGUUUUUGUCUUCUGCAACGACCAAUCGAUAUUUUUAA